AUGCCCCUCAUAACCCUAUUCUAUCCCUCCCCGCAGCAACGUGCAGCGUGCAAGGUGACGUUCCCCCUGGUGUGGACCAACACGUGCUGCAGCCACCCACUGUACCGCCCGGAGGAGAUGGAGGAGGAAAACUCGCAGGGAGUGCGCGUAGCGGCGCGGCGCAAGCUGGAGGACGAGCUGGGAAUCGACCCAGAUACUGUGGAUGUGUCGGCCUUCACGUGCCUUGGCCGCAUGCACUACAAGGCUCCUUCUGACGGGAAAUGGGGCGAGCAUGAGAUUGACUACCUCCUAGUACUCAAGGCUGACUUGAAGGCCACUCCAAACCCUAACGAGGUGGCUGCUGUAAGAUUCGUGGAUCGAGAGGAGUUGAAGGAGCUAGUGCGCAAGGCUGACAAUAAGGAGGAUGGAGUGGUGCUGUCGCCAUGGUUCCGUCUUGUAGUGGACCGGUUCCUGCCUGCCUGGUGGGACCAUCUAGAUGCAGGCACGCUCACAGAGGUGGUUGAUAUGGAGAAAAUCCAUCACUUGUAA